CCAUCUCCGUGAGCUGGGCAUCUGCAGCGUCGUCAUGGAGGCCGGGGACAUCGACUUUGUCGUCGCCAAGAGCCCCGUCCUGGAGACCCUCAACAUCCAUGGAUGCAACAAGGGGCUGCGCCUUCGCCUCGUCAGCCAGAGCCUCCGGUGCGUCCAAGUUUGCAGCUCUUUUCUGGAGGACAUUGCCGUGGUGAAGGCUCCUCGCCUCGAGCGGCUCAUCCUGGAGGGCUUUCGGAGCAACGCCGGUGGCUUGUGCACCAGAGUCAGGAUUGGCGACGCUCCCAAGCUACACGCAUUAGGAAUCUUGGAGCCAGGGAGCACCAUACUAGAGAUCCGAGACACCAUCGUCAUGGUACAUACAUCUCCUGUCUGCAGUUUGUUCAGUUAG